AUGGCUCAAGCUGCCGAAGCAUGUGGGGAUGUGGAGACAUCACCUGGAUCUCACCAACUCAUUCGCCCAACGGCUGAGAAAGCUGUGGAAGAGGAGCCUGAGGAGCAACGCGAAGUUGUAGCUUGCACUGCGGAAAUCUUCAACGAGGCCUUCCCUGCAGAGCCGGCGGAUACUGUCUUCUCAAGCGCAGAGGAAGUGCUUGACCUAGGGCCUGACAUUCCAUGGGAAUUUGCACCUGAAGCUGUCAGUGAGGAGCAUGCUCCUAAGCAAGCAGCAAACCAACAUCCCAUGAGUGUUGAAGCCCGUGGCGGGCUUCUAGUUGCGCAUUCUCCCGCUGAAGAUACAUCUGCCGGUCUACUUCAGUGCAUGCACCAAGAGAACAUGUUGGUAGGGCCAGUGAUGCGACAA